GGCAUUUAGCUUGUAUGGUACCAUGUCAAACAUAAAAGUUGCAGUUAGAGUACGUCCACUAACUACCAGCGAAGCUACGCUCAAUCAUCAGUUAACGGUGCAAAUGGAUGUCAACAAUAUAGUUCACUUACAUAUUCCGGCGUUAUCGAAAACCAGUGCGGAGGAUGGAUGGAAUAAUAAAAGGGCAUCAAGUCAGUCACGGCAAUUCGCUUUUGACCAUUUCUUUCCUGCGACGGAUGGUUCUUCUGUUUCCGCUAAUAUUGCCAGCCAAGAAAAGGUAUUCGAAGAGCUGGGUAUGCCGGUGCUGAACUCUUUAUUCGAUGGGUACAAUGCGUGCGUGUUGGCUUACGGGCCAAGUGGAACAGGCAAAACUUAUACCAUGAUGGGGACUCCGUUGGAACCUGGUUUAGCUCCAAGACUAUGCACUGCUAUUUUUGAACGAAUGAAUUCCGAAUGUGGUUGCAGUAACGUCCACCGACCUUCGUUUCGGAUCGACAUUAGUUUUAUGGAGAUUUAUAACGAGAAGGUGCGUGAUCUUCUGGAAGAACAUUCAAAUCGAGGCUCUGUGCUGCUGAAAAUCCGCGAACAUCCACAAUUAGGACCUUAUGUUCAAGGGUUAAGUCGUCAUACUGUGGAAGACGCUGCGGCGGCCUUGGGGCUUCUGAAGGAGGGCGCGCAGCGUAGAGCUUCAGCUGCCACACACAAAAAUGGUCAUUCCUCCCGUUCGCACGCAGUAUUUACGGUACACUGCACAGCAGCUUGGGUCACUGAUGAGGGAUUGCCACGAGAAACUGUUGCAAAACUUCAUUUGGUUGACCUGGCAGGAAGUGAACGAGCAAGUUGCAAUCCCAUCAACCGUCUCCGCCUCAAAGAAGGUGCGCUUAUCAACAAAUCUUUGGCCAGUUUGGGCAAUGUGAUCAACGCUUUAGCGGAAAAAGCUUCUUUGAGCAGAGUUAGUACUAGUACUCUCAAUACUAGCAGCUCAUCUACCUCCAGUGUUAACACACCGUCCGUCCAAACACCUACCGCAUUACCACGUCGUUUUCAGACACCUUUCGUACCAUACCGCGAUUCAGUACUAACAUGGCUUCUCAAGGAUUCCUUGGGUGGCAAUUCGAAGACCUUUUUGGUGGCAGCUAUUUCCCCUUCAACUCGCGCAUUUAAGGAAACUGUAAAUACUCUUCGAUUUGCCGAACGAGCCAAACGUGUUGUUAAUGAACCGGUGAUCAACGAAAAUGCAAGUAUUGAAUUGAUUCGCCAUUUAACGCAAGAGGUUACGCGUUUAAGAGUUUUGUUUACUCAGUCGGUGAAAUCCAAUCAAUCCAGUGACAAUGUGGGUAUGAUUCCUUCUAAAAACAUCACCAAUUUGUUAGGCGCUAACCAUUCGAACGCAUGCGAAUUAACCCGAGACUGGUUACGAGAAUGGCGUCGCGAAAUUGGUGAAGCAACAGCAACCGUUCAUCGUACGCCACAGUUCAGCGAGAUUGGUAUCCAGACCUCAUUCCCCAUCAUCAUGGAAGACAUAGGAUAUGUGAUGCCUGCAAAAGAAGCCAAGUCGGCAAAUAGACCGCCCGUGGGAAAUGUAACAAGUAACUUAGGUACUAUUCUCUUCCACGGUGAAACUACCUGUUGGAGUGAUGAUAGUCUGAGUGAUUCAUAUCCGUCAGAAUGGUGUCCAACAACCGACAGUCAUACCGAAUAUCCAAGAAUGAGCAAGAUGGUACAAGAACCAGCUUCUAUCAUUGAGCCUAACUUUCAUAUCGGAGAAAGUUUAUCCGCCCCAUUUUUGGGUUCCUAUCACCAGCAGAAGCAGUCGCCAACUCCUUCGAACGAAAAGCGAAUCAACUCACGAAAAGUGAUUAAAACUAUGCCUGAUGUACAAACAACGUUUAAGAAUUCGGAGGAAAUCCCACUGAGCAUAAGUUCUUCGCCUCUAUCACCAUCUUUGGUUGUCUUUGGUCGUCAUCCAGAGAGUUUUUCCAAGCAAAAAGCCUUUUCGUACAUCCCAGACCAAGCUCAUUCGUCCAGCAGCUCGGUUUGCACUGGCGAAAAAAUGAUAAAUAAUGAUUCACCUAAAUCAUACCAAGAAUUGGAACACGAUAGCCAUAAUGUAGGAUUUGUGCCAUCGUCCCGCAUCGGUUUAUCUUCUUGCAACUCAAAGGUGAACUGCUGCUGUCAUACUCUCCGGCACGGUAAUCGGUGCAAAUUGCAAAAUCAGACUUUCUUAGCACAGUUUGCUUACCAGCGUAAGAGCUAUUGCCAACAUGACACAAAUUACCAGCAGACUCGAGCAGUACCUUGUAAAUCCCAGUCGUUUGAUACCAUACUACGGGCAGAAUUGUUAGCCAUUCGUCGACGAAUGGUGGCUCGAACAGCUAGCCCCAAAGUGGCAGCCUCUUUGCGUUAUUUAACUCAAUGGCAAACCGAUUCGCUGGCACACCCUCUCAGUAUAAACAGUUAACAUAGUUUUCUGGAUGCGAUUUCAGUUUAGUCGUUCACACCUUAAUGUUACCUUUUCACUACUUGGCACUGCCUUAACAAUAAUGCUCUUCACAACCAUGUUAACUUAUAAUAAAUGAAUAAAGUGACCUUUCUUAACGCCGUC